UUUCCGGGUUACUUUCCCAAAGGGGUCUACCAAUUCACAUUUCCAUCAUCAACGAGGGAGUCCUUUGCUCUGAGGGUCUUUAAAAAUAUUUGUUCAAUCUUUAUUUAGGGAGGGGCUGAGAGAAACGGAUUUGCUUUUUAAAAGGGCAUACGCUUUUACGUUUAAGGAAUUCAGGACAUGCACUGAAGCUGAAGUAACAUUUAAGCACGACGAGCAAUUUGGAACGAUCGUUUUUUUUUUUUCCCCCCCAGUAUGUUCCGAGGGGUGGGAGCCACAUCCGCUGCCCAGGUUUCUGUGAGGCUUCCCUGAAGCCCCGGCGGCGUGUGAGCCCUUUAACGGGCGGCGUCCCAGCCUGCCCCGCCAACGGGCCGGCCCGCUCCGUCUGGGCUCUGGCGGAGGGCGCUACUUUGAAAGCUCGGGCUGCCCCGACGUGACCGAGGGAGCUCCGUCCGUCUCCGCCGCCGCCCUCCGGCUGAAGACGCUGCCCCGAAGGAAGCGGCCCCAACCCCCUCAGACGCCCAGGGAAGCCCUUUCUGGGCCUACGGAGGAGCCCCCGCGGCGCCGCCACAGCCGCGACCCGCAGCGUCCUCCAGAGCGCCCGAGCCCCCGGCGGCCGCGCAGCUGGGGCCCCUGAGGCGGGAGGCGCCGGCGGUUCAGCUGCGGCCGUGGGCGUGGCGAGGCCGCACAGGUUCUGUUUUUCCCGGCCCGGGUCGCUUUCGGUUUCGUUUCCCGCCGGCGUCUCCACCCCGCGGGAGCAGAGCGCCGGCCCGUGUCCGCCGCCCCCGGCGUCGCGCCAGCCCGCGGUUCGACGGGCGCAGGCCUCGGCAGCGCGCCCCUGCCGCCUGGCCAUGGCCCAGGCCACCGUAGUCGGCGAGGUGACCCAGGUGCUGUGCGCGGCCGGGGGCGCCUUGGAGGUGCCGGAGCUGCGGCGUCGCUUGUGGGCGGACAUGGGCCCCGACGCGCUGGAGCGGCUGCUGCGGGAGCGCGGGCGCUUCGUGGUGGUGCGGCGGGCGGACGCGGGCGGCGCGGCGGCGGCCCCCGAGCGCUUGGUGCUGGCCGCCUCGUCGCUGCGCCUGUGCCGCGCGCACCAGGGCCCCAAGCCAGGCUGUGUGGGGCUCUGCGCGCAGCUGCACCUCUGCAAGUUCAUGAUCUACGGAGCCUGCAAAUUCCUGAGGGCCGGGAAGAACUGUAGAAAUAGUCACAGCUUGACGACUGAUCACAACCUGAGUGUGCUAAGAACUCAUGGCGUUGACCACCUCAACUAUAGUGAGCUGUGCCAGCUCUUGUUUCAGAAUGACCCCUGGCUUUUGCCAGAAAUCUGCCAACAUUACAACAAAGGAGAUGGACCCCACGGCUCUUGUUCCUUUCAAAAGCAAUGUAUCAAACUCCAUAUCUGCCAGUAUUUUUUACAGGGGGAAUGCAAGUUUGGAACUAGCUGUAAGAGAUCCCAUGAUUUCUCUAAUUCAGAGAAUCUAGAAAAAUUGGAGAAGUUGGGCAUGAGCUCAGACUUGGUGAGCAGGCUGCCUUCCAUUUAUAGAAAUGCACAUGACAUCAAGAAUAAGAGCUCCACCCCCAGCAGAGUGCCCCCUCCUCCUUCUCCAGGUCCACAGGGGACUUCUGAAAGAAAAAACAGUUCAGGUUCUAUGUCCCCAAAUACUCUUAGCCAGGAGGAGAGUGAUCAGAUCUGCUUGUAUCAUAUCCGGAAAAGUUGCAGUUUUCAAGAGAAGUGCAAUAGAGUUCAUUUCCAUUUGCCGUAUCGAUGGCAAUUCUUGGAUGAAGGCAAAUGGAAGGAUUUGGACAAAAUGGAGCUUAUUGAAGAGGCAUAUAGCAAUCCCAGGAAAGAGAGUAUCCUGUUCACCGAGUUGGCCAGUAGUUUUCACUUUUUUCAAUAUGAAAAAUGUCUGAACUUUGUCUCCAUGACGUUUGGUGCUGCCCGGGCUCGCCGCCUCUCCACGGCCUCUUCCGUCACCAAACCCCCACACUUCCUUUUCACCACUGACUGGGUUUGGUACUGGGCCGAUGAGUUUGGUUCUUGGCAGGAAUAUGGAAGACCAGGCACAACACACCCUGUGACCACCGUCAACAGUAGUGACGUAGAGAAGGCCUACCUGGCAUACUGCGCACCAGGGUCUGAUGCCCAGGCAGCCACCCUGAAGUUCCAGGCUGGGAAGCACAACUACGAGUUAGACUUCAAAGCCUUCAUUCAGAAAAAUCUGGUCUAUGGCACAACUAGGAAGGUUUGCCGUAGACCCAAAUAUGUGUCUCCCCAGGAUGUGAAGACCAUGCAAACCUGCAAUGUCAAGUUUCAAGGCCCAAAGAGCAUCCCAGACUAUUGGGACCCCUCAGCCCUGCCAGACCCUGGCUUUAAGAAGAUCACCCUCAGUUCUUCUUCAGAAGAGUAUCGGAAGGUCUGGAACCUCUUUAACCGCACGCUGCCUUUCUACUUUGUUCAGAAGAUUGAGCGAGUCCAGAACCUGGCCCUCUGGGAGGUCUACCAGUGGCAAAAAGGGCAGAUGCAGAAGCAAAAUGGAGGGAAGGUGGUGGACGAGAGGCAGCUGUUCCAUGGCACCAGUGCCAGCUUCGUGGAUGCCAUCUGCCAGCAGAACUUCGACUGGCGGGUCUGUGGCCUUCAUGGCACUUCCUAUGGCAAGGGGAGCUACUUCGCCCGCGAUGCUGCGUACUCCCACCACUACAGCAAAUCUGACACACAGUCCCACAUGAUGUUCUUGGCACGGGUACUGGUAGGCGAAUUUGUCAGGGGCAACGCUUCCUUUGUCCGCCCCCCUGCCAAGGAAGGCCAGAGCAACGUCUUCUACGACAGCUGCGUGAACAGCGUGUCCGACCCCUCCAUCUUUGUGGUCUUUGAGAAGCACCAGGUCUACCCAGAGUACCUUAUCCACUACACCACCUCUGCCAAGCCUUCGGUUGGGCCCUCUGUCCUGCUCGCCUUGGGCUCCUUGUUUGGCAGCCGCCAGUGAGGGGUGCACCAGGGUGAUCUGCGGCCUUCCAUGCUGAUCCUCCCUGAAAUAGCUGUUUGGGAUUGGGUUUUUUUUUUUUUUUUUUUUUCUUUUACAAAAAAACUUUUAAUGAACUGUUUGUUUAAUGUUGACUUCUCAAUGAAGUUACAUUCUUAAUCUCUGAUAAUGGUUUUCACUUUUAAGUCACUUUUGGGCUCGCUGGUGGACUAACCAGUAGUGAUUGUUAGGUGAGUCCAUUUUUGCUUUUUAAUAAUGUGUUAAAGUUUUAUUAUUUACUCUCUUUGUUGACUUUGCUGCUUAUUGGCACCAAGCACAGAGUUUCUAGACACAAUUUUAUGGAUUCGUUUUAAUUUUUAAGAGUUUAUCUCUGCAAGGACUCAAUUUUUCAGGGUCUCAUGGCAUCUGUUUUAGUUUUUGUCAGGAUGACAUAGUAGCCAUUGGGGGAGGACAGCCCAGGUGGGCUUAGGGCAGCACAGUUACUUCUUUCUGUUGCUCUGGCACAAUCCGGGCAGCUCUUUGGCUGCUCCUCCUGGUUGGCCUUUCUCAUAUCGUCGAAACAGGUGGCUACUGUGUGUUGCCAUUGAGUCCCUGCUGGUUCCCCUGGUCCUGGUGGGGGUCACCCAUCACUCAGAGGAUGCUCGUCUACCCUGACAGGUGACGUGGAUGAGUAGCUCCCCUUGAGGACCCCCAGGCUUAGCCCGUGAGUGCCCAUAGCCGCAUAGCCUAAACUUUAGGACCUAAACACACUGGACAACCCUCCUAGUGUGGGUUUUAACAUCCCCAUGAGAUUGAAUACCUGUGCCGCAAAUGUCACAAAGAGUAUGGAAAUAAAAGAAUAUUUAUCUCAAGUGAA